ACAAAUUCUGUAUAUAGAAAAUUACUUCCACAGUACUUCUGAUACAUCCGAUUAACCGACGGCACCAUCACGGAGGCCCACUGUCUUACAAAACUUCCCACACUGAAACCUCGAGAAGCUGUCGUAUUCACCCAUCACCACCGACUACUACAUUUCCCAGAAUCCCGCGCUCGUUUCCUGUGUGGCGCCCUCGAGGUCUCCUAUUGGCUCGCUCCGAUUUGCCUGCCGUUCUCGCUGUCCCAGCGGUUCCCAUCCGCCUGCCGCUAUCCCGAACUCCGAAUAUGAGCAACACCACAAGUGUGCAGGCACCCCGACCCUCACUUGACAACGCAGGGGGCGACGUUUAAAACUUUCUUCAGAGUGUGGAGGUGGUAUUCGGCACCUGGUGGGGAUGAUCAGAAAAGAAACCAACCGAUCUUACCAGGAGCUGAGUGAAGAAGCAGAGAGGGUUGCUGCUACUGAGCGCGAACUUCUAGACAAUUUGGAGGAGCUCGAUUCAGUGUGUGGGGAUGGCAGCGCUCUGCCAGCUGAGGAUGAUGAAGGAGGGAGCAGCAACCCUUCGUUACGAUUCAGUAAAGCAUGUCUGAAGAAUGUCUUCUCGGUGAUCCUUAUCUUCAUCUAUUUACUCCUGAUGGCAGUCGCUGUGUUUCUAGCCUAUCAGACGAUUACGGACUUCAUGGAUAAACUCAAGCAUCCCGUAAUGUCCGUAACCUACAAAGAAGUUGACAGAUUUGACGCUCCAGGCAUUGCUCUUUAUCUCGGUAAGGCCGAACUCCUAAGCUGUAAACACCACUAUCACGAUCACAUUCCUCCUCUGGAGAACCCGGGACAGCAGGGUGCAGUCGAAUGCCACACGGAGCAAAUCAACUACACUGACCCCUUCACUAAUCACACCACGAAGCUAGCGUUGAUUGUACGUGGACCUCGGGAAGUUAGGAAAAGGGAGCUGAUUUUUCUACAGUUUCUGCAAAACAAAACCGAAGAAGACUUCAGUGCUAUCAGCUACUUGCUGUUCUCAUCCUUCCAGGACUUUCUGUUAAGCCAAGAUAAAGCUCAGUUUAUGAAGAACUGCGAAAGCUCCUACUCCAUUUGGACUUUCUCUGGUGGAUUUCGAACCUGGGUGAAGAUGUCCUUGGUGAAGACGAUGGAGAAGGACGGCAGUAAGUCAGUCGAGUUUAGACAAGAGUCCAGCGUUGUAAAGUACAACGACAGACGACCGGAAGUGGAAAAAACGGAUCAGCUGUUUUUUGUUGUUUUUGAGUGGAAGGAUCCCUUCAUCCAGGAAGUACAAGACAUCAUCACAGCGAAUGCCUGGAACACCAUCGCCAUUCUCUGUGGAGUCUUCCUGGCCUUAUUUAAGGCGGCCGACUUUGCAAAACUAAGCAUAAAGUGGAUGAUCAAAGUCAGAAAGAGACAACUUAAGCGCAAGACGCAGGAGAUGAAUCAUAUCGGCUGAAAAUGGACCAGGAGUUUGUCUUCUCCAUUCCGUGAUGGAGACCUGAUGCUGAGCGCGGUGUCGUCGUCGUCGUCUCCAGCAUAAGCUAAUGGGAAUCAAACUUGGAGACUGGGCUGCUGACAUGUGGUUUUAAUUCAUAGCCUGUGCUGUGUAGAUAUUGGGUAACAUUACGCUUUUAGUUUUAUUUUCCUCAUUUGAAUCCAGUAGAUCAGUUCCUGAGUUCAUACGCUGUGUGAAGCACUGGACGAGCGUGGAGGAGGCGAGGAGGGAGACGUGGAUUUGUCUUGGCACGUUUCCUUCAGGCAGAACAUAUAGAGACUCAAAAAAAAAAACCAACGCUAUGGGUGGCAGAGGUCACCACGGGGUACGCUGCGCUCUUCUGGCUGGCAUGAUCACCGCUGGGCAUUGUGAAUUUGAUACGCCGAUUAUUGACACAAGUAGAGCCACUCGAGUUUAUUUGGUUUUGUUUAAGCUGAGGGACGAGAUCUCCGUCUCUGCAGGGCGGAUUGAAAUUCCAGGGAAAGGGAAAUGACGGAUGGGUAGAAGUCGAGGCAGUCAGUGGCGCGGCUUUAGGACUCGAUUAGGCAAACGAUGAACUCUGAACCUUGGAGGAAAACGCCUCGAGUUGUCGUGUGCCUAACGGAGAUGCCGUGACCAUUGAAUUGUGUGUUUCAGUUGUCCUGACCUGGGGGUGUUUGUGGGUAAAGAUGCAAACGACCAGCUGUGGCGUCUUUCAGUUACACGAAUACAUUUAAUCGCAGGUGGCUGCAUCUGCAAGUCUGGAGUUCGAGAUUUUCGCUGUCCACAAACGGAGGGCCCAUUUCUAGAGACUCCUGAUUUCAAGGCAUUAACAGUUUGACGAGCUACACUGAACUAAUCCUUAGCUACCUCACUUUUACAUUUGGAAUUUCUCAAGAAUGUGUACAAUAAAUGUAACAAUGAAG